ACGUAUCGUGACGUAGAAUUGUAACGUAUCGAAUGGCUGCGUGCCUCAUUGCCGUGUUGGCGAGUAUAUUUACGUGGCACGGGAUGAGCGGAUAUUUUGCAUUUUUAACAGUGAUCAAGUAAUACUUGGUCAACUAUUCAUCACCAGGAUGAUUGCCUUAGAAGCAUUAAUUGGAUAUUUCGCUCUUCUCGCCGUGUGUUUUCUUAUUUUGUUCUGUGUGGUGCUUUAUGCAACAACAAAGCCUUAUCCCAAAGUGUGGCGUCACAAGGAUGAGAAUUACUUUUACAACUUUCAUACGGGAGAAAGAGAAAUGUUUCCAUCUCUUUCUGAUGAUUGGAGCGUACAUCUCAGCAUUAUAGUACCUGCAUACAAUGAAGAAGAGAGAUUGCUACCUAUGCUGGAUGAAUGUAUUGAGUAUCUCGAGCGCCGCAAAAGAUUUGGAUUUACUUACGAAAUAAUUGUAGUCAGCGAUGGGAGUACAGAUGGAACAGUCACGGCUGCUCAGAAUUAUAGCCGUAAAUAUGAUACUGUUCGAGUCCUGAGCUUGGUCAAAAACAGAGGCAAGGGUGGGGCUAUACGAUUGGGCUUACAAAGCGCCAGAGGUAGCGUACUUCUCUUUGCCGAUGCUGAUGGAGCUACCAAGUUUAGUGAUAUUGAAAAACUGGAAGCUAGUUUGCAACAAAUCUUGGGCUAUGACUACACAAAGGAGCCUGAAAAGGUAGCAUCGUCCGAUGCUGUGGUAUGUGGUUCGAGAGCACACUUAGAGAAGGAAGAGACUGCAAAACGCUCCAUAUUCCGAAUAUUCCUAAUGCAUGGUUUUCACUUUCUAGUCUGGCUACUAUGUGUCAGAGGUAUUAGAGACACUCAAUGUGGGUUUAAGCUUCUGACCCGCAAAACCGCAAGAACGUUGUUUAAUGCAUUGCAUGUAGAACAGUGGGCUUUUGACGUGGAAAUGUUGUACAUUGCACAAACUUUAGGUUUGCCUAUAACAGAGAUCGCUGUGACUUGGACAGAAAUUGACGGAUCUAAGGUAGUUCCUAUAUGGAGUUGGCUGCAAAUGGGUCGUGACUUGGGAUUAAUUUGGUUGAAGUAUAGAAUCGGAGCUUGGAAAAUAGCCAAAGUUAAGAGCGAUUAAUCAUUUGAUGGAUUCCGAUGGUACAAAAACUAUCACCGUAUCAUUCGUAACCAAUGAUUAUAUUCUGCAGUAUAGACAAGUGGAUGGUACUAGUGAAAAUUUACAUAAAUUCAACUGCUGGUCUGUGGUACAUAUACAUGAAAAGGAGAAGAGAAUCAUUCAAAAAACUAGUUCUGAAGUUUGAGGUAAUUGCCUGUGCAAAAUGUUUUAUACUUUCAACGUUCCUGAAUAGUAGGUUAUUAUUAUACUGUGACGCAGAUUAUUGAAAUGUGUGGACGCACGAGAGAAAAAUUAAAACUGUGAUUGAACAGUUUGUUUUUUAAAGAUAGCAAUAUUGAAACAUAUGAAAUAAUUUUGCUUUACAAAACUUGACAGCCUGGUGAACGAUUGUAAGUGAUUGGGUUUCAACUUUUCUAUAACUGAGAUAUAAAUUGAAGAUGACGUGUCUUUAAGAACUGAAAGCAUCGAAUCAUUAAGCAACCUAUUGAAGCGUUGUCUCUUUUGUUAAAUUGAAUAUUCAAAUAAAUCGUUUGAUGUAUACGUAUACUCUUAUUAUAUCUGAAUAGUUGAACCUGAAA